CUCAAACUCUGGUCAGACCAAACCAAAGUCUGCGAAAGUUUGGUGGAAUAAGACUGGAAAAUCCUGACCUUAUCUUGGACAGGGAUUAAAUUAGCUUCAUUAUUGGGCCAAAGGAAGUCAAGUGGUGAUGGAGGCAGACUCACUUGAGGAAAAGCUUCUCCUUUAUGCCAGAGAGGGCAGUUUUUCAGACAUCCAGAGGCUCCUUCAGUCGAGAAUCGACCAGAGCAGCUCUCUCAACAUUAACUACAGAUCUAAGUCUAAAGCCAGUUCAGGAUGGACGCCUCUCCAUCUGGCCUGUUACUUUGGGCACACAAAUGCUGUGGAGGAGUUACUCAAGGCAGGUGCUGAUGCAAAUUUGCAGAACAACAUGGGUGACACACCUCUACACAAGGCAGCCUAUACUGGAAGAAAGGAGAUUGUUCUGUUGCUGCUGCGGUACGAUGCCUGUUCCAACAUAAUCAAUGGAACAGCCCAAAUCCCUAAAGAUGUCACAGAGGAUGAUGAAAUCAUUACAAUGCUGGAGGCUGCAGAGAGAAGAGAGACAAGGCGGCGGGAGGAGAAGCUUCUAGAGGCAGCCAGAGAGGGGGACAUCUCCACUCUGUCUAAACUGCUCAGUGGGAAAGAAGCUCCAGACGUUCACUGCAGAGACUCAGUGGGGAAUACGCCCUUACACUGUGCAGCCUACAGGGGGCAGAAGCAGUGUAUUAUAAAGCUGCUCAAGUCUGGAGCCAGCCCCACUGCUAAAAACAGCAAUGACCAGACAGCAAUGGACCUGGUCCGCAGUGAUGAACUCAGAUUAAUUCUAGCAGCCUAUCAAGACAAGGAUGUGGACAGUGGGGUGCAGAAGAUGGAAGGCACUCUUUGGAAGAGUUCACGUUUUCUUGGAUGGCGAUCACACUGGGUGAUAAUUGAGGAGGGGACUCUCUCCUGGUACCCCAGACAGGCCGAUGCACAGGCUGGUGUUAGACAACAGGGCUAUAAGUCUCUAACUCAAGCCUACUGCAUGGUCAAACCAUGGGAUCAUUGCUUCUUCAUGCUCAGGUGCUUUGAUGGCACCGUUCAUUAUUUUAAGGUUCCCUCAAAGACAGAUUCAGUGGCAACAAGAAAAAGAUGGUUGGAUGCUUUUGAGGCACAUUCAUCCUACAGCACUCGCCACUGCACCCAAGAACAGAUUCUUAAUGAUGCAGAUGCAGAUGGAGAUGGAGAUGGUGCCAUGGCAGUGAGGAAUAUGUCACAAGCCCUUCAGGCAGCCAAUGCUUCACAGCAGAAAUUGGAGAGUGAAGUUUCAAUUUUUCUGUCGAUGGUGAAGAAUGAGGAGAACUGUGCUUUGGCUGCACCUCUUUUACUGAAAGCCAAAGAGACCAGUGAGCUCUCCAGUGAAACCUGUGCUGCUCUCCAUCUGUGCCUUGAACUGCUGUCAAAACAGGACGAGGUGUGGAGCUUGAAGUUAGAGCAGGAGGUGGAGAAGAACAAAGCUCUUACAGAGGCUCUGCAGACUUUGGCAACAGAACACCACGAACUCAAGCAGUCCCUGUGUGGGAGAAGCAGGUCGUCUAGCCUCAGUACCCUCACUGGAGAUGACUUCUAUGAUGCUGUAUCAGAGUCGGAGUCGGAGCUCUCGGUGAGCGGCUUCCUGUCUGUGGCCAGUCACUCCUGUGAAGAGGACGAGGGGAGAGACACCCCCUUUCUCAGCAGCCUUCGCCAUCCCAACGCACUCAGGGGGCCUACCGGAAUGUCGGGGGAAGGUAACCAUGGCAACCAACCCACCCAGCACAAUGGAGUCAAGAAGCACAGAACAUCUUUACCGGCUCCCAUGUUCUCCAGGAAUGAUGUCAGCAUCUGGAGUAUCCUGAAAAAAUGCAUUGGCAUGGAGUUGUCAAAGAUUGCCAUGCCUGUGAUAUUUAAUGAGCCUCUGAGUUUCCUCCAGCGGUUAACAGAAUACAUGGAGCACACCUACCUUAUCCAGCAGGCCAAUGCCACAACAGACUCCGUUGAGAGGAUGAAGUGUGUUGCAGCAUUUGCUGUGUCAGCUGUAGCAUCUCAGUGGGAGAGGACUGGGAAACCCUUCAACCCACUGCUGGGGGAGACCUAUGAGCUCAUCAGAGAUGAUUCAGGAUUUAGGUGGGUGUCAGAGCAAGUAAGCCAUCACCCUCCGGUCAGUGCCUUUCAUGCUGAGGGCCUCAAUGAGGAUUUUGUCUUCCAUGGCUCCAUCUACCCCAAACUCAAGUUUUGGGGAAAGAGCAUAGAAGCUGAGCCCAAAGGAGUCAUGACGCUGGAGCUGCCCAAGUAUAAUGAAGCCUACACCUGGACAAACCCCACCUGCUGUGUCCACAACAUCAUUGUUGGUCAGCUUUGGAUUGAACAGUACGGCAGCGUGGAAGUGAUCAAUCACAAGACCGGAGAGAGAUGCAGCAUGACGUUCAAGCCCUGUGGCCUCUUUGGAAAAGAGCUACAUAAAGUGGAAGGAUACAUCCUUGAUAAAAGCAAAAAAAAACUGUGUGCAAUAUAUGGCAAAUGGACUGAAUGCCUUUACACAGUAGACCCUGCUGCCUUCGAUGCCCACAAAAAAAGUGACAAGAAGAAUUCAGAUGAAAAAAAGGGCAAUAAACAGAGCAGUGUGGAUGAGGAGCCAGAGGAGAUGCCUCCACCUGAUGCUGAGACAGUGCAGGUCAUCCCAGGUAGUGAGCUCAUCUGGAAGAUAACGCCACGACCAGACAACUCAGCCAAGUUCUAUGCAUUCUCCACAUUCGCCAUGCACCUAAAUGAGCAUGAGAAGAGCAUGGAGGGAGUUAUUCCCCCAACAGACAGUCGCCUCAGACCUGACAUUCGCGCCAUGGAGAAUGGCGACAUAGAUUUGGCAAGUGCAGAGAAGAAGAGACUUGAGGAGAAACAGAGAAUGGCACGGAAAAAUCGCAGCAAAACAAGCGAUGAAUGGAAAACAAGGUGGUUUCAGCAAGGACCCAACCCUCACAACAAAGCUCAGGACUGGCUCUACUUGAAAGGCUACUGGGAAAGGAACUACACUCACCUGCCUGACAUCUACUAAUAAGUAAAAACACAAAUAUACAUGGAGAUCUGCUUUUACCACCUUUUGGACUUUAUCUGCUGUAUUAGGGUUUGUCCGAGGGCUCCCUAGCACAUGCAACAAUGUCACGGAGUUGGUACGGACCAGCAGGUAGUGAAGAAAUGUUUUGAAUAAGUCAGAAGGCAGCAAAGCACUGAAUGAACCCAGAAGCAUAUAGUCUUUAAUAGGUGUGUGUGAACAAUGAAGCACAAAAACUCUUUUGCUUAUUUUUCGUGGUUCUUGACCAUUAAAGUAUGGUAUAGGCAUGUCUUGGAAAAACUAGAAUGUAUUUUAGAAAUAUUUAUAUACAUAUUUAGAUGGAGUGUUUAAAAGUCAACCUUGGUUUUGUUGUUGGUAUUUUCCCCAUAAUUCCUGCAGGGGUGAAAACAUUUUACUCCCUCAGUGCAGAGACAUACAAUGCAACACAGCGACAAACAGCUACAACAUGCAUGAUGCAUCCUGAGCUGAUUGAUUAUAAAUUCAUCUCUGACACUGAUUCUACUAGUCCAUGCAUGCUUAUAAUUUAUAGUAUCCAUGCACAAGUAGAAUCAAUGUCGUACAGAACAUCAGGGAAUUGCCUUGCAUAGUCUUUUGCGAUAAUUUUUGUUGGAAAAUGUGAUAUUAGCAUGUGUCUACAUGUUCCUCAGCACUAGAAACAAGUGUGUUUGCAGACAUUGCACGGGGACCCUAUGUGAUUGGUUGAUCUCACAGGAAAUUACAAUUAUUGGUCAACUUUGCCGAAAAGUUGCGGCGAUUGGACACAAUUGUAAGGCCACGUAGAAAUCACAAGAAUUGGUUGAUUUUGCUUCAAUUAUAGCAAGUGCAACAUUGAAAAAUCCUGGAUGGACUGUAUAAUGCAGUGUUAAGUGGUCAAAGAGAGCAUGUGGGAACAUUUCCCCUUGUCUCCCCUUUGUAGUAAAAUGUGUGAUGCAUAUAAUUACUGUUUAAAUGUUUAAAAUCUGCUUGCUUGCGGAGUCCAAAUUUGACUAAUCAGUUGUAAAACUGUCUAGAUGUUUCUCUGCAAAGAUGAUGGCAAGGAUAAUGUAACCAUGUCAGGCAAGAAUUGAGGCCAGUACCAAAACAUUAAAACUUUUGAUAUAAAAAUAAAUGUAUAAAAUACUAUUAAACCCUGAACUACGUAAUGAAUAGAUGUGUUUAAAAUCUAACAGCAUUGCACAUAUGUCUGCCUGACUCUGUGGACAUCGUAGCACUUUUUCCAACUGUACUGAAUCAAGAAAACUGGCUCUGCACUUACAGAUUUGUGUGUGUAAAAAGUCUUGCCAUAGUUGAGUACAAUGAGCUAUAUGCCUGAAAUUACAAUUAUUGCAUGUGCAUCACUAUAACUAUGCAAGCCUUACCUCCUCCACAACCAAGCACUGAAUAUUCUUGUCAUGUUGUGGAUAG